AUACAUUUAACAUUUAGUGAACAUAUUGUGGUCAUCCUUUGCAUUUCUUUUAAACACAUGAUCCAUUGGUGAAUACUUCUAUCGCUCUGUAUUUAGCGUUAAUUCAAUAUCAUCUCUGUUUCCACUGGUGAAUAGUUUUUGGUAUCUUUGGUAAUUAAUUCACUGAUGUUUUCUUUUAACCACAGCACAUAUUAUGUUGUUUUUUUUAAAUUCUAAAUACAUAAAAACGCACUUUGUCCUGAAAGUUUGUUGCCGACACGUAAACCAGAGGCUGAUUACAGCUUCCUCUCUGCAGUCAGGGGGCCGAUUUCUUACCAUCCUUGAAUGAGCACUUUCCCACUAGUGACACUCAGUGGUUUGAACAGAAACUGUCGGCUUGGUGACUCACACCCAUCUUUGCACUCUCAAAACAUGAUGUAAGAGAUGAAUUGAAAACUAAAUAUGAAUGAAAUCAUUUCAGAAAUUGAAUAGAUUUAUCAAAAAUAUUCAUCAUAAAAUGUCAAGAGUGGGGGAGAAAAAAAUGGUGCAUUCAUGGCCUCAGGCAUGGUUGGGAUUUAAAGGUACAGUGCUCUCUUGCCAAUAAUAAAUGCAGUUUCUUGCAAAGAGAUGGAUCUUUUUCACAGCUUAUAUCAUUAGCAAUGGCUCUGUUCUAUUUAAAUGUGACAAUGGGCCAUUAUGGGCAACACAAGGACCCCAAAACUUACCCAGCUAAAUUAAUUGCAGCCAUUGUUAAUGUUAUGUUUUACACCUUUGCUUUUCCUACUAACGCAUCAAGUCUGGUGGGGAAAUGAGGCUUAUCUGCACACACUCCAUGACAAUCAGUAGAUGUUUGUCAGACUUUGAGUGCACACACGAGAGAUUUUGGUGCGAUUUGACAUUUCGGAUUAACUUCAAACCGCUGAAUACCAGAUCGUUUACUGAUUGUUCCUUUCUGUGUAUGUUUUACACUUUUCCCAGUAUUCCCCAGUUAUCACAAUCUUCCUGGAAGGAGACCGUGUCACCGGAAUCCGGCCAGCAGAAGAGGGGGGAAAAGAGUUUUGUUACUUGAGGCACAUCCCCUCUCGUCUCUUUCUCCUCUUCACUCUGCAACAAACACCGAGUCAUGAAGCAGCCGUGGUGAAUCAAGGUUCCUGUGUAAUGGGUAAACACACAUCAGUGAACUGGCUAAGGUCACUCACCCGGGCUGCAGUGCCCACUCUACAUGAAUCACCUCAAAGGCAGGAGAUUUAUAGCGUGAUCGUAAUGCACACAUAAUGAAAAAAAUGUGUUUCUGAAUUUUUAAUUAUUUAUAAUAUAACGACUUCUAACUUUCAAUCUUCGGUAUUUUUACCUGCAGCUCACUCUGUGUCUUUCGCCCAUCGACAUGUUUGCAAAGAUCUGGUGACAACCAUGCAGCCAAAAAGCACCCCCUCCUGGGGAUCGAUAACCUGCACUGGCAUAUCUGCUCUCUGGACCCCAGGACAGUGUGCCAGCACACACACACACACACACACACACUCACACCUGCGCCACACACUGUUGAAGUGUCUCUCUGCUCCUCGUCAUACCUCUGACACCUCAGGGUAGCGUGGAGUUCGCAGACCACCAAAAGGGCGAGGACACUGUGCACUGGGAGGCCUGGGUGAAUGAAUGCACUGAAGGAUGGUUGUGUUUCGUAAAGCAAUGGCAGGUGGACUGCUGCUCUCGUUGAGCCUCACUCUUCUAGGGUGGGGAGUUGAGGGCAGACGGGGUAAGAAAGAAGUAUCAGGCGGGGCUACCGUCUACCUCGGCCAGGACAGAGACAUCUGGAGGCCACUGAUCCACACAGCAGUAAACCUCAGUGAGAUCAGGAGUAUCAAGUCAUCCUUUCAUUUACGGACGUUUGACCCAGAAGGUGCCGUUUUCUACGGGGACACCAAAAACGGGGAGGACUGGUUUGUUUUGUCCCUGAAAGACGGCAUCCCCCUGAUGCAGAUCAGCAGAGGAAACAGCCUCGUCAGCGUGGCGGGCGGCCCCAAGCUCAAUGACGGGAAAUGGCACAUAAUGGAGGUGAGCAACCAAGACCCAUUUGUGAUUCUGGAGGUGGAUGGCUCCAAUAGGAUGGAGGUUGGCAUGCAGUCCAAAGAGACAAACGAGGUCCUUUCAGGUGAACUUCGACUGGCCCUUGGUGGGAUCCUGGUCGACAAAGAAAAGCUGAUUGUUCCGUUUGAGCCGCACAUGGAUGGCUGUGUGCGGAAAGGCAGCUGGCUAAACCUCAGUGUCCCCUGGGAGGUCGAGGCGGAGGAGCUCUGGCCCUGCUAUCAAAACGUCCAACCUGGCAGCUACUUCCCUGGCACUGGAUUUGCCAUUUUCAACACCUCAGUUUUCCCAAUUGAAGCAGAUCGUGGGGUCAAGACUGAAUUGUGGGGAGAUUUCAGUAAGAUGGAUGGGACCAUUUUUAGCAUCAAGGCUCCUGGGCAAGAGCUGAUGUUCGCUUUAGUGGCCAAUAAUAACACAAAGGAAGUCACACUUACUUUCGGCGAAGAAAACAUCUGCAUGAAAGACACUUUCAAGAGACUGGUGAUAAUCUUUCAGACAGAUUCACUGCAAGUGCUUCAAGAUGAGGAUGAAUCAAAGACUACUACAUUACCCACCAGUCCAGUGAGCCAUCCCGGGUAUUUGACCGCAUGGAAAGAGGGUCGUCUUGCUGUUGGAGGUCUCCUAGGUGAGGAAGAGGACGAUGUUGGCUCCCAGUUCUUGACAGGCUGUCUGGAGAAGAUCCAGGUUCAAGGGAGGGAUUUGGACCUGGAUUUAGCUGUCAAACACAUGUCAAUCUCAUCUCACAGCUGCCCUGCAUAGACCAUGAAACUAUGCAUCUUCAAUAUGUGGACUCGAUGUUUGCAGUGGAUGCCUUUGGGUCGAAAUUAACACCAAAAAAAAUUGUCUGCUAAUAGUCAAUCUGUAGUUCAAUGUGGUAUUUGAACCAAUUAACCUCUAAAAUGUGGAGAAUUAAAAUAAAAUAUUAAUAUGUUGUUUAA